CCAGUGGUUUUUUUCCCGGAAUCUUCUUUAUAACCCUCCCUCUCCCCUGCUGACUUUCUCUCCUUCUUGUCUCUAUUCAUCCAUCCUCCAUUGUCUGCAGCAUCGCGGACACUUUCUACCGCACACUCCUCCCCGACCUUUAGUCACCUUUUACCCGUUCCGUCGCUGCUUCUCCAUCCUUCUUCAAUACUCCCACACACCAAUCACCGCCCCCAUUCACCAACACAAUGGACACCGUCCACGGUUCCCCUCCACCCUACGCUACCGACCGCAUCGACGAGAAGAAGGAUGCGUCCGUCGACCUUGAAACCAGCUACAAGCCUGGCUUCGAGGAGGCUGAUGCCUUCGGUAACGAGGAGUUGGCCGAAAUCAAGUACAAGACCUUGAAGUGGUGGCAAUGCGGCUUGCUCAUGAUUUGCGAGUCUGUCUCCCUGGGUGUGCUCUCUCUGCCCGCAGCCGUGGCAGCUCUGGGUCUCGUCCCUGCCAUUAUUCUUAUUGUCGGUCUGGGUAUCCUCGCCACGUACACCGGCUACAACAUCGGUCUCUUCCGCGAGCGGUAUCCUCACAUCCAGAACCUGGCUGAUGCCGGUGAAAUCCUGCUGGGCCCCUUUGGCCGUGAGCUGUUCGGCUUGGGCCAGUUUCUCUUCUGUAUCUUCGUCAUGGGUAGUCAUCUCUUGACCUUCCGUGUCAUGAUGAACACCAUCACCGAGCACGCAACGUGCUCGAUUGUGUUCAGUGUGAUCGGUAUGGUCAUUUCCAUGGCUCUGUCGGUUCCCCGUACCAUGAAGGGCAUGACCUGGAUCUCUUUCUUCUCCUUCCUGAGUAUCUUCAGCGCCGUCAUGAUCACCAUGAUUGGCGUCGGUGUCCAGGACCACCCCGGCCGUAUCAUUGAAGCCACUGUCGACACUUCUCUCUACAAGGCCUUCAGCGCCGUCUCGAACAUCGUCUUCGCCUACUGUGCCCACGUUGCCUUCUUCGGCUUGAUCGCUGAGAUGGAGAAGCCCAAGGACUUCAAGAAGUCGCUGUUCAUGCUGCAAGGCUUUGAGAUCUGCUUGUACACCACCGCGGCCAUUGUGGUCUACUACUACGUCGGCAAAGACGUUCAAUCGCCCGCCCUGAGCUCCGCCGGUCCCCUCUUGAAGAAGAUCGCCUAUGGCGUGGCCAUCCCUACUAUUGUUGGUGCUGGUGUUGUCAACGGUCACAUCGGUUUGAAGUACAUCUACUUCCGCACCUGCCAUAAGUCCGACCUCAUCCACAGCCGCGGCUGGCGCUCGGUCUCCAUCUGGAUCGGCCUUGGUCUUUCCUGCUGGGUCGUUGCCUGGAUCAUUGCCGAGGCUAUUCCCGUCUUCAGCGACUUGAACGGCUUGAUUAGCGCCCUCUUCGCGAGUUGGUUCAGUUACGGUCUCAGCGGUGUCUACUGGCUCCACCUCAACUGGGGUCAGUGGCUCUCCAGCCCCAAGAAGAUUGCCCUCACCGUCCUCAACAUUGCCAUUGCUUUGUUCGGUCUGAUCCUGUGUGUCCUGGGUCUCUACGCCUCGGGGACCGCCAUCCACGACGACGCGAACAGCAACAGCUUCACUUGCGCCAACACCGACAGCUAAACCUGCUGAGUUGGUUUACUUUCAUCUUCUUCUCACGACACGACACGACCUUCUCGUUGACGAUGCGAUGCAUACCCAAUGACGACGGACCUCGUUGAUCGCAUCUCCCCCAUAUAGUUUAAUGUUUUUUACCCGCGACGCAUCACGGCUUGAGUCUUAGCAGCUGGACUUUCUGCUAGCCGACGGGCUUUCUAUCUAGCGAGCGUUGUUUGCAUGGCCGCGGUCGCAUCAUGAUAUCACUAUUCCAUGGCAUAAAGGCGUUAGGAGACUUGAUUUGAAUGACAUGUGUUCUGUAUU